GCCGCGGCGGUCGCGCAGGCCAGAGACGCGGCUCGAGGCGGCGGCCGUAGCGGCGGCUCUCGGGGCCGGACGGGGAGGCCUCCUCCAGCCGCAGGUGUUUGUUUUGCCUUGCUGUUUUAAAAUUAAAUCAAAAUGCCCAUAAGACCAGAUCUCCAGCAGUUAGAAAAAUGCAUUGAUGAUGCUUUAAGGAAAAAUGAUUUCAAGCCUUUGAAAACACUUUUAGAAAUUGAGAUUUGUGAAGAUGUGAAGAUUAAAUGCAGCAAGCAGUUUUUCCACAAGUUGGAUGACCUUGUAUGCAGGGAGCUUAAUAAAAAGGAUAUCCAAGCAGUUUCAACCAUUUUGGUUUCUUUUGGAAGAUGUGGCAGAAAUAUCACUAUAUUGGGGCAAGCUGGACUUACAAAUAUGAUAAAACAAGGACUGAUCCAAAAGAUGGUUGCCUGGUUUGAAAAAUCAAAGGAGAUUAUUCUCAGUCGAGGAAGUUCAAAAGAUGAGGCAGUUAUGAAUAUGAUAGAAGACUUAUUUGAUCUUCUGAUGGUCAUACAUGACAUCAAUGAUGAAGGUAAAAGGCAAGUGGUGGAAAGUUUCGUGCCUCGAAUCUGUGUCCUGGUUAUUGACGCAAGAGUGAAUAUUUGUAUUCAGCAGGAGACUCUAAAAAAAAUGAAUGCUAUGCUUGACAAAAUGCCUCAAGAAGCCAGGAAAAUACUCUUUAACCAAGAAAUGUUAAUUCUCAUGAGUAGUUUGGGAGAAAGGAUUUUAGAUGCUGGAGAUUAUGACUUACAAGUAGGUAUCGUAGAAGCACUAUGUAGAAUGACUACAGAAAAACAAAGACAAGAACUGGCAUGUCAGUGGUUUUCAAUGGAUUUUAUUGCUAAUGCAUUUAAAGGAAUUAAAGACUCUGAAUUUGAAACAGAUUGCAGAGUAUUUCUCAACCUUGUAAAUGGCAUGCUUGGAGACAAGAGAAGGGUCUUUACAUUUCCUUGCAUAUCAGCAUUUCUUGAUAAAUAUGAGUUGCAGUUACCUUCAGAUGAAAAACUUGAGGAAUUUUGGAUAGAUUUUAAUCUUGGGAGCCAGACUCUAUCAUUCUACGUUGCUGGAGAUAAUGAUGAUCAUCAGUGGGAAGCAGUGACUGUGCCUGAGGAUAAAGUACAAAUAUACAGCAUUGAAGUGAGAGAAUCGAAGAAGCUGCUGACCAUAAUUCUGAAAAACAUGGCAAAAAUUAGUAAAAGAGAAGGGAAAGAAUUGCUUUUGUAUUUUGAUGCAUCAUUAGAAAUCACUACUGUGACACAAAAAAUUUUUGGUGCAAAUAAAUAUAGGGAAUUUACCAGAAAACAAGGUAUUUCAGUUGCCAAAACAUCUGUGCAUAUAGUUUUUGAUGCAAGUGGAUCACAGAUUCUAGUGCCAGAAAGUCAAAUCUCACCCAUUGAAGAGGAACUCAUUACUUUGAAAGAAAAACCUAACUCCCAAAAGGAAUUUGCUAAACCUCCGAAAUAUAUCAAAAACAGUAAUCAAGGAGACAGAAAGAAUAGUCAGCUUGAGACAAUUACUCCUAGCAAAAGAAAAAUGUCUGAAGCAUCAAUGAUUGUUCCUGGCGCAGACAGAUACACUGUGAGAAGUCCAAUACUUUUAAUCAACACAUCAACACCACGAAGAGGAAGAAUUAAACCACCACUGCAAAUGAUGAGUUCUGCAGAAAAACCUGAUAUACCUAAAACAUCAGAAAGUGGAGUGGAUAAUGCUGUAUUUCUUAUAUCUAGACCAUCUGAAGGAAGAAAUAGUGGAGAUAAUACAGACAAACAUAACAAAAUGGCUAAAGUUGUAAAGAAGACAGAAAAUAAGGAUGUUGAAUUCCCAAACCAAAAUAUUAAUGACCUGCAGGAUAUUGUUCCAGAUUCCCAGGCAGUGGAGAAAAUAGAUAAACCUGUGUUACGUGGUGUUUUGGACAACAUCUGUGGAAAUAAAAUGCCCUCCAAAUGGUCCUGCUGGACUCCUGUGACAAAUAUUAAUCUAUGUAAUAACCAAAGAGCAGAUACUUCAUCAGGUGACACAUUCAAUCAAGAUGUUACUGUGAACAAAAAACUUAGGAAACAAAAAUCAGCCUCUUCAAUAUCUGAGGAUAAUUCUGAAGAAACGGAAAAGGUGCAGUAUAAGAAAAAAAAAAUGCAGCAUAACAAAAUAGAGAAAGCAGAAGUAGGAGUGUGCAAAAGAGACACUCAGCAACGACUAAAUCAUGCUAAACAUUCGGAGCAGAAAAAUACUGAAAAUACCAAGCAAAGUGAUUGGCAUAUUGAAUCUGAAACUACUUUUAAGUCCGUUCUCCUAAAUAAGACAGUUGAAGAAUCUCUGAUCUAUAGGAAGAAAUACAUACUGUCAAAAGAUGUGAAUACUGCCAUUUGUGAUAAAAGCCCUUCUCCUAGGAAAAAUGUGAAGAGUCAUAGAAAAUCAGGGAAAAGAUUAACAUCUGAACUUAAUUCCUGGGAUUUGAAACAAAAAAAAAUGAGAGGAAAGUCAAAAGAGAAAGGAUUUACUGAUGCAGCAGAAUCCUUGAUAAACCAAAUUAAUAAGAGGUAUAAACCAAAGGAGUCUACAAGAAAAUUCAAGGAGUCUUUGAUUGACAGUGGUUUUUCAAACAAAUCUGAUCUACAGCUCAGUAAGGAAAAGGUUCAGAAAAAAAGUUAUAGACAACUGAAGACUACUCUUGUUAAUGUUACUUCUGAAUGCCCAUUGAAUGAUGUUUACAAUUUUAAUUUGAAUGGAGCUGAUGAGCCUAUUAUAAAACUUGGAAUCCAGGAAUUUCAAGCUACAGCUACAGAAGCCUGUGUGGAUAAUUCAAUAAAAUUGAUAGGUUUAAGGAAUCAUGAUGAACUUGAAACUUCUCUCAAAACAAAAGAUAAAAGAACUGUAACAAAUCCUAAAAAGAAAAAUCUCUUUAGUGAUACUGACGCAGAAUACAGAUGUGAUGACAGUAAGACUGAUGUUAGCUGGCUAAAGGAACCAAAAUCAAAACCACAGCUAAUAGACUAUAGCAGAAAUAAAAAUGUGAAGAAACCUAAAAGUGGGAAAUCAAAAGCAUCUUUAGAAAGGGGACAGCCAAGACCUAAAGUGACACCCAACAAAAACAUCACCAAAAAGGUAGAGGAGACAGUUCCAGAUGGGAGAACCAGACUUCCACGAAGAGUGGCAAAAACCAAAAAAAAUUAUAAAGAUCUUUCAAAUUCAGAAUCAGAGAGUGAACAAGAAUUUUCACAUUCGUUUAAAGAGAAAUUGCUAGUAAAGGAGGAGAAUAUCCAUUCCAGAAGCAAAACCAUGAAGCUUUCAAAGAAACAACAGAACACCUUCUCUGCUGAAACACAAAAGGAUGUAUCAAAAGAAUGGAAAAAUUCAUCUCUCCUAAAAGAUGCUAUAAGGGAUAAUAGCCUUGGCUUAUCUCCUAUAUCCUUAUCUGGGAGCCCAUCAUCUAUAGAAGUAAUGAGAUGUACAGAGAAAAGAGAAAGGGAUGUUCCUCAGGAUUAUGGCCAUGUAACAAAAUCCCUAUCACCUUCUCCAAAAACUUCAUCACCUGAAUCCUUAGGCAGUAAAUACAGAGUUGGAGGUCCAAAAAAGUCGCCUAAAAACAGUGACAGAAAUUUAUGUGCAAGAGAAAGUUGCUCGCCAAUUCCACAAUCCUUCUUGUUGGGAAGUCAUUCCGCAUCUCCACUGUCCCUGUCUAGUGAAGGAAGAGAGCAAAUAUGGUGUGACAUGCCUUGUGACUCUCCUCAUGUGUCAGGCCCUACACAGCAUCUCAGUCGCAAACGAAUGUACAUAGAAGAUAAUCUAAGUAAUGCUGAUGAAAUACAGUUGGAAGAAGAGGAGGAAGGGAGAGUAUACUUGCUUCCCAAAAAACUGUCUAAAACCGAAGAUAGAGAUCAUCACACUUACAAAGUGUCUGGAAGUGUAUCUCCAUUAUCAACAAAUGACUUUUCUGUCCGUGGGGAGAGCUGGGAAAGUGAGAUCUCAGGACUAGGGGUGGUGUGCGAGAGCCUCGACACAGAAUUUAGAAGGAAGUUCCAUAUCCGCCAAAAAAUGAUGGAUUAUUUUACUAAGCAAUCUUGGAAAACAGCUCAACAACAUCUGAACACAAUGAACCAUCAGAUUCAGGAGUAUAGGAUCAAAAAACUUGAUAAGUUCCAAUUCAUUAUCAUAGAGGAGCUGGAGAAUUUUGAAAAAGAUUCACAGUCUUUAAAAGAUUUGGAGAAGGAGUUUGUGGAUUUCUGGAAGAAGACAUUUCAGAAGUUCAAUGCCUAUCAAAAAAGUGAACAGCAGAGGCUUCAUCUUUUGAAAGCGUCACUGGACAAAAAUGUCUUCUACAACACUGAUUACGAAGACACUGUUUUUACAUCUGAGAUGUGUUCAAUGAAAGAAAACAUGAAAAUGCUGCAAGACAGGCUCCUGAAGGAAACGCAAGAAGAGGAGCUUCUUAAUGUUCGCAGAGGACUGAUGUCGUUAUUCAUGGCUCAUGAAAGAAAUGUCCGUGUGUGAUGUCUAGUUGUUACCAAGUUUUGUCCACUUAUUCCUUUUUGUAACAGGAAAUACCAGAGUAGCCCUACAAAGAGAAAAAUACACAUGUCACCCAGGCAAGAGUGCUUUUGUAGGAGCCUCCAAAUCCAAAGAAAUGUCAUCUUAUGGAUGAGAAAGAACUACUUUAACAUGACUCCAACCUCAAGAGACUUCUUUCUGUAGAAUAUUACUCUUCUUUUAAAGAGAAAUUUUUGGGGAACCAAACAGUAAAAGGAAUUUGCUUGUUUUUGUAGUAAUAUUUACAUUGCACAAAUCUCACCAAGUUAACUAUACUCAUAAAACUAGUUUCUUUAAUAAACUAUAAACUAAA